GCGCGGUGACCGCCGGCUGGUGCGCUGCCCUCGCCUCCCCCAUUGUUCCUACUGUCUUUUUGCCUUUUGUUAUUUGCACUCGCAUUGUGUUGUUUGUCUCUGAAGCCGCCUCAUGACCAGCCCAGGGAUUUCACCUCGUCCUUGAGAGCUACACGGGGAGCGCGGGCGAGCGGGCGAGCGAGAGACGGGGGGAGAGGGACGCGCGCGCGCACACACUCACACACACACACACACACACACACACACACACACACACACAGAGUGAAAAAGGCGAGCCACCAAAACCCAUCUCCAGUCUCCUCCCGGGGGCCCCCCGCCCGCCACGGUGCCACUUUGCAUCCCGCGCCCGAGGAGACGGUCGGAAGAGCCGGUAAGACGUCCAUGGACCUUGCUGUUGUUGGGUUUUACUGCGCAGUCGACCUUCACAGAUGGGAUUAUAGUGAGCUUUUAAGAUGUAGCUGUGACCAAACUGCACUAAAGACAUUUUAAUCAGCCCAUGGUAUAAAGACAAACUUCAAGAGGAUCCUUAGAAGUCUUGGACAAGCCUCCCUGUAUGUGGCAGGUGCUGUGCUGGCCUCUGGUAACCCAAAGAUGAUGAAAAAUACGUUCCUGCCUGCAAGGAGCUAGCAAUCUACUAGGCAUUCCUUUUGCUGAUGACACGAUUCCUGUUUGAAUCUGUUUACAAGAUUCUGAAAGCUGAACAGAGAAUUUUGGCACUGCACUGGGCAGGAAAAAGCAUUGGAAGCUAUAGAUAAUACAAGGACUUCACGAGUGGGAGAGAUUGGACUGGGAGACUCAGCAGGGAAACUGAGCCAUGAUCAUUUCUUCUUUCUCCAAUCCUGGUCUAAGAGCUCCAAUUUUGGUAUGAAAACCUGUCAACUGUAAGAGCUAAGAUAACAAGAGAAACUGCCAACAUUCACUGCGGACUUGCUACUUUCCAGGAUGUCUUCCAAGCGACCAGCCUCUCCGUAUGGGGAAGCAGAUGGAGAGGUAGCCAUGGUGACAAGCAGACAGAAAGUGGAAGAAGAGGAGAGUGGCGGGCUCCCAGCCUUUCACCUUCCCUUGCAUGUGAGUUUUCCCAACAAGCCUCACUCUGAGGAAUUUCAGCCAGUUUCUCUGCUGACGCCAGAGACUUGUGGCCAUAGGACUCCCACUUCCCAGCACAAUACAAUGGAAGUCGAUGGCAAUAAAGUUAUGUCUUCAUUUGCCCCACACAACUCAUCUACCUCACCUCAGAAGGCAGAAGAAGGUGGGCGACAGAGUGGCGAGUCCUUGUCUAGUACAGCCCUGGGAACUCCGGAGCGGCGCAAAGGCAGCCUGGCUGAUGUUGUGGACACCUUGAAGCAGAGGAAAAUGGAAGAGCUCAUCAAAAAUGAGCCAGAAGAAACCCCCAGUAUUGAAAAGCUACUAUCAAAGGACUGGAAAGACAAGCUUCUUGCAAUGGGAUCAGGGAACUUUGGUGAAAUAAAAGGAACUCCCGAAAGCCUAGCUGAGAAGGAGAGGCAGCUUAUGGGUAUGAUCAAUCAGCUGACCAGUCUGCGAGAGCAGUUGUUGGCUGCCCAUGAUGAGCAGAAGAAACUGGCUGCAUCUCAGAUUGAGAAACAACGCCAGCAAAUGGAGCUGGCCAAGCAGCAGCAAGAACAGAUUGCCAGACAACAGCAGCAACUUCUGCAGCAACAACACAAAAUCAAUUUGCUUCAGCAACAGAUCCAGGUUCAAGGUCAACUGCCGCCAUUAAUGAUUCCCGUAUUCCCUCCUGAUCAACGGACACUGGCUGCAGCUGCCCAGCAAGGAUUCCUCCUGCCUCCCGGCUUCAGCUACAAGGCUGGAUGUAGUGACCCUUACCCUGUUCAGCUGAUCCCAACUACCAUGGCAGCUGCUGCCGCAGCAACACCAGGCUUAGGCCCACUCCAACUGCAGCAGUUAUAUGCUGCCCAGCUGGCUGCGAUGCAGGUGUCCCCAGGAGGAAAGCUCCCAGGCAUACCCCAAGGCAACCUCGGUGCUGCUGUAUCUCCUACCAGCAUUCACACAGACAAGAGCACAAACAGCCCGCCACCCAAAAGCAAGGAUGAAGUGGCACAGCCACUGAACCUAUCAGCUAAACCCAAGACCUCUGAUGGCAAAUCACCCACAUCACCCACCUCUCCCCAUAUGCCAGCUCUGAGAAUAAGCAGUGGGGCAGGCCCCCUCAAAGCCUCAGUCCCAGCAGCAUUAGCUAGUCCUUCAGCCAGAGUUAGCACAAUAGGUUAUUUAAAUGACCAUGAUGCUGUCACCAAGGCAAUCCAAGAAGCACGGCAGAUGAAAGAGCAACUUCGGCGGGAACAACAGGUGCUUGAUGGGAAGGUGGCUGUUGUGAACAGUCUAGGUCUCAAUAACUGCCGGACAGAAAAGGAAAAAACAACACUGGAGAGUCUGACUCAGCAACUAGCAGUUAAACAGAAUGAAGAAGGAAAAUUUAGCCAUUCCAUGAUGGAUUUUAAUAUGAGUGGAGAUUCGGAUGGAAGUGCUGGAGUCUCAGAAUCAAGAAUUUAUAGAGAAUCUAGAGGGCGUGGUAGCAAUGAACCCCACAUAAAGCGUCCAAUGAAUGCCUUCAUGGUGUGGGCUAAAGAUGAACGAAGGAAAAUCCUUCAAGCCUUUCCCGACAUGCACAACUCCAACAUCAGCAAGAUAUUGGGGUCUCGCUGGAAAGCUAUGACAAACCUAGAGAAACAGCCAUAUUAUGAGGAGCAAGCCCGCCUCAGCAAGCAGCACCUGGAGAAGUACCCCGACUACAAAUACAAGCCCAGGCCGAAGCGCACCUGCCUGGUGGACGGCAAAAAGCUGCGCAUCGGGGAAUACAAGGCGAUCAUGCGGAACCGGCGGCAGGAGAUGCGGCAAUACUUCAACGUUGGGCAACAAGCACAGAUCCCCAUCGCUACUGCUGGUGUUGUGUACCCUGGAGCCAUCGCCAUGGCUGGGAUGCCCUCCCCUCACCUGCCCUCAGAGCACUCAAGCAUGUCUAGCAGCCCCGAGCCUGGGAUGCCCGUCAUCCAGAGCACUUACGGCGUGAAAGGAGAGGAGCCACAUAUCAAAGAGGAGAUACAGGCUGAGGACAUCAACGGAGAAAUUUAUGAUGAAUACGAUGAGGAAGAGGAUGACCCAGAUGUAGAUUAUGGGAGUGACAGUGAAAACCAUAUCGCAGGACAAGCCAACUGAUAAGGGUCAAAAGAUUGCCGUGACCUUAGGACUUAAAGAAGCCCUAGCUGGUUCAUCCUUACCAGUGGCCAAGCACAUUAACUUUCUCAUACACUGACUGUUACUUUAACUGUUAGUCUUAAAUAGUUGGGACAUCAGCUGACUAAUAGACCUCAGCCUCAAAAGGCUUGGAAAGGAAAAAAAUAUAUACAACAAGCAAACAACAAUAUCAACAACAAGAGAUUGAAAUAAGCUAUGGGUAAAAUAAUGCCAGUAAUUCAGCUGCUACAUCCAAGCACUGAAGUCUUACCCGUCAACUUUUUUUUUUUUUAAUAAACUUUAUGGCUGUUUGUUCUACAAUGUUCUAGAAAUUCUCACUCAGGUACACAGUGCCAACAAGUGGCUUGUGAAUGUGUUUUGUUGUUUUGUGCUACAAUUUUUAAAAAGAAAUAAGUUUUGUUUUGUUUGGGGGGUUUUCUGGGGGGGGGGGGGUUCCUUUUCCUUUCCUCCUUCAUUUUCUGUUUUUUUUUUCUUCUUUUAUUUCCUUUUUUUUUAUUUUGUAAUGCACCUGACAGAAAAAAAAGAAAGAUGAAUUUCUCUUUACUUCUUUCCACCUUCUCCAUCUCUAUAUUUUAAAGAUGGAAGUCUGUGCAUGGGGGGGGAAGAGGGAAAAAGAGCCUGUUUUUAACUUCCUUGCUAUCCAUCACAAAAUAAGCAAUUAUGUAUUUUCUUUAGAGGACUUUAUUGCACACCACACUACAUCUUUGAGCAAGUGCCAAAUUUGUACUGACGUGUUGACCCAGUUCAUUUCUUUCCUUUUCGUUUUCUUGUUCCUUCUUAAGUUAGGACAGUGUUAUAUCUUAGACAAUCCCUUGAAAAACCUAAAAUACCAGCAGCUGGUGAGAUUUGACUUUUUUUUAAAUGGAAACUGUAGGUGCUGUUCUCAGGUGAAAAGAGAGAGAGAGAGAGAGAGAGAGAGAGAGAGAGAGAGAGAGAGAGAGAGAGAGAAGAAAUUUAGAGAAAAAUAUUUUCUGAUCUUGGAUUUUUGUGUGUAUGUAUGUGUGUGAUUAUGGUACUAAUAGGAAUAACGUUGGACCAUUGUGAGUUAAACCCACACCUGGGGAUGAAAUCCCACAUCCUCCUAAGUGACUGGUCUGGAAGCAACCUUGACCUUGACUUUGCACUUCAAAUGACAACUUAACCAAUAUAGGGCUCAGAAAUUAUAUUUUUAAAUGUCUAAUAUAAUGACUAUUGGAUGAAUCAGGUGGCCCUGUGUAAUAGACGUGCGCAUGUAUAAUAUGGAAGCUACUAGCAAACUGCUCCCAGAAGUCCCUUCUCCCUGGUCAGUUGGUUUCACUAAUGUUUGCUACUUAAUUAUUUCUGUUUGUUUUUCUGUUGAUAACAUCAAACAAACACAAUUGUUGUUUUCCUUGAAUACAUUUGCCCAUGUUCCAGAAAUAGAGAAUUAGCUUCUUUCUUCAAAAUUCCAUCUCUCCUGUUGAGGAAAUGGAACUGAUGGUUUUUUAUAAGGUAUCUUUCAUCCCUCCAACACACGAGGUGGAGGCCAUUUGCAUUUCAGAAUUGUGGGCCACGCGCAUCUCAUGCAAAAAGCGGGAUUUUAUUAAAAGUCAUCGCAGCCCAACACAAUGGAGCCUGGCUGAACCUGGGGACCCUUGCCACUGUGCUUCCCUGGCUGUCAGAGGAAGCCACUGGAGUCCAAGUUUAAGGUUCCAGCGGAGUGUGUGCAUAGAGCAACAAUGGAUGGUGACGGGACUGCUUGUUUCAGUGUUGCCAGCCAAAUGCUAAGGCAGUGUGGGCCUUGUGCAAAUAAAUGCAAACUCAUUGAAAGUCAGUUGCCAUUAUUUGUGCAGAAGCAUCAAACAGUAAAUACUCCAACCAGUAGUUUGGAAGUGCUGUGAUUUUAACUCCAGUCAUCACCUUCCUAUCCCACCCCACUUCCCCCCAACCCGACCUUACAAUUUGAUUUUUACAUAUAACUAAGAAAAGAAGUCCUUUUUAUUUUUCUCUCUCUCAAAAGACUUGCUCUGGAGUUUUGCUUGGAGGGGCCGAUCAUAUCCUGCAUGUCAGAGAUUUUGUUUUGUUUGUUUUUCUGUUUGUUUUUGAUGACUGUAUUUUCAUUUGAACUGCCUCUUUUUGCUAGUGUUGUAAUAAUGAUGAUGAUGAUAAAAAUAAUAAUAAUAGUAAUAAUAAUAAUAAUAAUGGUCAGCUGUUCCCAGAUUAGUAAGUUAUGUAUAAUUUAUUUCUCCCUUUCUAUUUUAUUCUGCUCUGAUUGGGAAGUGCAGCCAAUAAGCUGUUAGAUAUUUAAAAUGAAUUUUCACACACACACAUGCACACACAUUUACCCAGAUAAUUUUACUGCUCCUUACACAAGUUUUCUCCUUUUAAAAAAAAAAAAAAUCUGGCCCCAAUAAUGUCAAGUUCUGGUGU